AUGACUGUUAUGAUCACAUCUGCAUCAUCCAUAAUUAUGAACACUUUCACAUACCCUGACAUCAUAUCCAGCAAGUUCGGAUGCACUCCAGGGGCCAUGCAUGAGCAUGAGAACAUUAAGUUAAAACAUGCUUCUUCUUGGAGUCGACAAUUUAAAGCUCCAACAAAGGUAAAUUUGAAAAAAGUAGGUGAUAUGGAUUGGAGCAUUGUCGACCAGAAGAAAGAGUGUCCAUUCAUGGUUUCAGAUCUUCAUGUAGAAAGAAUGAUUCAAGAUGGUUUUUUAUUCCAAGAAAAUUUUUGUAUUGGAAUAUAUGAAGUAGGGCCAGAUCAAACAGCUUCCCUAGAAACACUAAUGAACCAUUUGCAGAUUGAUACUUGGAAAGCUGCGUAUGGGAAAAAUGGUUUGUGUGGUAAUUUUACAUUCCGUGAUUGCAAAACAGGCGAGAUAUUAGUAAGAGCUUCAAGCUUGGUGGUGAUGAUGAAUAAGAAGACAAGAAAGUUAUCCAAAUUUCCAAAUGAAGUUCGAGCUAAACUCGAGCAAAUCAUUAUGGAUAAACCCCCUUUAGUCGAACCAGACACUAGAACAUGGUCAAGAAGUGAGGAAAAGAUUAAUGAACACAUUUGCAAAGGUUUAAAGAGUGUUCCCAAGACCAUUAUAGAGAACUACGAGAUUGAUAGCAUUACACUAGAAUUCUAUCGAGAGUGUACAAAGGACAACAUACUGCAUUCAUUCACUUCUAUAUUGACGAACGACAAUGACCAAAUAUCUAAUUUUGACAUUGUUGAUUGCCAACAUUUGCUUCAAUUUGAAACUGGUGGUAAUAUAAUGAAAGGAAUGACUAGAUGGCGGCUGAAGCAUGGAAAGAGUAAGGACUUAGAGCAUCAGUUAAAUCUCCAACAAUAA